AUGGCUUUCACAUACCUCUCCGGAGAGUCUGUCACAGAAAAAGACAAAUCAUUCCAUCCUGCUGUUAUACCUCUGCUGAUUGCUAUUUCCCUCGGGAGUGCGCUUCUUUAUACACUCGGCCUGGUCAUAUAUAGGCUCUACUUCCACCCACUUGCCAAGUAUCCCGGCCCAUUCUGGGCUAGAAUCACGAAUUGGUAUUCGGUGUAUCACGCUGCGAUCGGCGACAGGCAUCUGCAGAUCUACUGGGCUCAUCAGAAAUAUGGCAAAUUUGUCCGUGUCUCCCCUAAUCUUGUCACGAUCAACGACCCGGCUGCCAUCAAAGAUAUCUACGGCGUGAACCAGAACGUGCGCAAGUCCGUCUUCUACGAAGCCUCGAUCGCCCACAAUGGGUUCCAGAACAUGUUCUCCGCCCGCGACCGCGACAUCCACGCCCGCAAGCGCCGCAUCCUCGCCCCGGCAUUCACCGAAGCGAACCUGUCCUCCAUGGAACGGUACAUCCUCCCGCACAUUGACGAAUUCUUCCACGCCGCGUCCGGGGAAGAGCAUUGCUCGGCAUUGCGCAAAUGCUGGACCGCCGACUUGGGCAAAUGGGGCAACUACCUGACCUUCGAUGUCAUGGGUGAUCUGGUGUUUGGCAAGGACUUUGGGAUGCUAAGGGGGGCCGAAAGUCGUGACCUCCCGGAUGUCAUUGAUGCGGCGGUGCAUAUGCAGCUUCUCAACGGAUGCAGCCACUUUAUGCUCCGAUGGAACCUCGACAAGCUCCUCUUCCCAGACAUUGUCCGUCGCGGCAGGCAGUUGCUCGUCUACGCCAAGAAGCAGGUGCAGCUGCGCAUGAAUGCCGAUCAGAACCGCAAGGAUUUCUUCUCGUACAUUGCCAAUGCCGAGAACAAGGAUGGCACCAAGGCGUACGCUGAUUCCAAGGAGGUAUUUGCCGAAGCGAGAGGACUUAUUCUUGGUGGCUCUGAUACAACGGCCACACAGCUGGCGGCGAAUUUCUUCUAUCUAACAAAUAAUCCCCCAGCAUUGAAGCGUCUUGUAGAAGAGGUCCGCUCUAAAUUCAACUCAACCGAUGAGAUCCGGCUUGGUAAAACCCUCGACAGCUGCCACUAUCUCCAUGCCGUCAUCAACGAAACGAUACGGCUCAGUCCCAGUCUCCCUGGCGUCCUACCUCGGGAAGUACUCAAAGGCGGCCUCACAGCAGUCGGCGAACACUUCCCCGCUGGAGUCGAGCUCUCAGUCCCCGUUUACGCUGUCCAUCAUCUAGGAGAUGUUUUCUUCGACCCUCACACGUUCAUUCCCGAGAGAUGGCUUCCUGAUCACACCAGCGAAGAUGCCGUCAAACGGUGCCACGAUGCCUUGACCCCUUUCUCGUACGGCUCAAGACAGUGCAUCGGCAGAAGACUGGCGGUGAUGGAGCUUUCUCUAGUUAUAGUCCGGUCGGUCUGGAAAUAUGACAUUGAGUAUGUGGCUGGAGGCAAGGAUGAUCGGUUUAAGAAGAAUCCGGAGGUUGUAGAGUACAAGUUGCUUGAUCAUCUUGCUGCCGGGAGGUCGGGCCCUGUGAUAAGAUUCACAAGCAGAGAGUAA